AUGCGGCCGCUCAGCCAGGUGCCUCGGGCUUUCCCCGCACAUCUCCGCGCGCUUCAAUGCCGGCCCAGCACCCUCUCACCACACCAGUUCUUUCCUCAACAAGCAGUGCGUUGGGCUAGUCAAAAGACAGGACAUAAGAGCGAUGGUAAUGCAGGACAGGGAAAUGAUGCCAAUACUGGGCCUUCUGGCAACCCUUCAGGUUCUCGGACUUCAGGCAGGACCCUGUUAGCCUCUGCCUUGGCUGCAGGCGUCGGCUAUGCAUAUGCUGCGACGAGCGGACAGUCCCAGUCUCUGAAUAGCAAGCAACCCCAGUAUGGAUCUGCGAAGGAUUUUGAGAAGGCCAUUGAAGAACUGCGAGCCACGCUAGGCGAUGAGGUCAUCAGCACCGACCAAGACGAUCUUCAAGAACAUGGGUUUUCAGAAUGGUCCAGCGUCAAUGCUGAUCGUCUGCCAGUUGCCAUUGCCUACCCGGCGAAUACAGACGACGUUUCAAAAAUCGCUAAGAUAUGUCAUAAAUACAAGAUGCCAAUGAUACCCUACUCCGGAGGUUCUAGUCUGGAGGCCAAUUUUUCGGCCCCUCUCGGCGGGUUGACCAUUGAUUUCGUGACGAUGAAUAAGAUACUCGAGUUGCACGAAUCUGAUAUGGACGUUGUAGUUCAACCGUCCAUUCAGUGGAUGGAUCUGAAUGAGAAGAUUAAGGACAGCGGUCUCUUCUUCCCCGUUGACCCUGGACCGUCUGCAAUGAUAGGUGGUAUGAUUGGAACAAACUGCAAUGGUCGUGUCAUCAAGACACGCCGACGUCCACGCAAAACUUCAGCCGGGUAUAACCUGACGGGAAUGUUUGUUGGGUCUGAAGGAACACUUGGUAUUGUGACUGAAGCUACCCUGAAAUUGACGCCAAUUCCAGAGCAGACUCGUGUCGGCGUGGUGACCUUCCCCACUAUACGUGAUGCUGCAUCCACUGCCAUGCAGCUUGUUCGAAAAGGGAUUCAAGUACAGUGCAUGGAGAUUCUUGAUGAGAUACAGAUGGAUGUCAUCAACCGCGCUGGAGGAACUGGAAGAACAUGGAAGAAAUUGCCCACCCUGUUCUUCAAGUUCUCCGGCACCAAGGCGGGGGUCGCGGACAGUAUUAAUCUGACUAAAGCAUUAGCAAAGAACAACAACGCAAGCUCGUUUGAAUUUGCAAGAGAUGAGCGAGAAGCACAUGAUUUAUGGUCUGCGCGAAAACAAUCGCUAUGGAGUAUGCUGGCGCUAAGAGAGCGAGGAUCCGAAGUAUGGUCAACCGACGUUUCCGUACCGAUCUCUAGAUUGCCAGACAUUAUUGAAAUCUCCAAGAAAGAACUCGAUGACCUUGGAAUCUUUGCCAGUAUCCUCGGGCAUAUUGGAGAUGGUAACUUCCACGCAAGCAUCUUAUAUGAUCGCACUAUCCAAGAAGAAAGGGAGCGAGUAGAAAAGGUUGUGUACGACAUGGUUGAUCGUGCAUUGGAAAUGGAAGGCUCUUGCACUGGUGAACAUGGUGUGGGAUUGGGGAAGAAAGAGUCGCUGAAGAAGGAGCUUGGCCCAGCUACGAUUGGAAUUAUGCGUUCUAUCAAGAAGUCUCUCGACCCACACUGGUUAUUGAACCCUGGCAAGAUCUUCGAUUAUGAGGACGAAGCAUAG